GUGGCGUCAUCAGGAGCGCGACGGUGCGGCCCGCACGUGCCGCCGGGACCAUGCCGAGCCCCGUCACCUGCGCCGCCUGGGUCCGCCGCGGCGUCGCCAAGGAAACGCCCGACAAGGUGCGGCUCAGCCCGGAGCAGCUGAAGCGUCUAGUCGCCGAGACCCAGGAGCAGCUGCGAGAAGGAGCAGAUGGUAAUGAUGAAGAACAUGAACAGAUUGAAGACAACAGCAUGGACACUGCUACUCUUGAGGCUGCUAAACCUUCUCGGGCAGAUGGAGACCAGGAAGAAGAUACUGAAAAGUUGAAUGAUGAUGAGCUGGCAGAAUAUGAUCUGGAUAAAUAUGAUGAAGAGGAGAACACAGAUGUUGGGAACCUUGAAGACACUUUAGCUGGUCUUACAGUAUAUGGGAGUAAUGAGCAUGAUCCUUACAUCACUAUUAAAGACACUGACAAGUAUGAGCAGGAAGAUUUUUUUAUUAAGCCCAGCGACAAUCUUGUACUUUGUGGCCGAGUUGACAAGGACCACUGCAAUCUAGAGGUUCAUGUUUACAAUCAUGAAGAGGACUCAUUUUAUGUACAUCAUGAUAUUAUCUUACCUGCCUAUCCUCUAAGUCUGGAGUGGCUAAACUUUGAUCCCAAUCCUGAAGAAACUCCAGGGAAUUAUGUUGCUGUGGGUAACAUGACUCCUGUUAUUGAGGUGUGGGACCUUGAUAUUGUAGAUUCCUUAGAACCAGUCUUUUCCCUUGGAAGUACGAAAGAGAAAAAGAAGAAAAAGAAAGGAAAGAAGAGUUCAGCUACAGAAGGAAAGGUGGAAGGGCAUACUGAUGCAGUUCUUGAUCUUUCAUGGAACAAACAAAGCAGAAACGUUUUGGCAAGUGCAUCUGCUGACAGCACUGUCAUUCUGUGGGAUAUGUCCCUGGGUAAACCAGCAGCAAACCUGGCAUUGCACACAGACAAGGUCCAGACUUUGCAGUUUCAUCCAUUUGAAACACAGACCCUUAUUUCUGGAUCUUAUGAUAAAUCUGCUGUUUUGUACGACUGCAGAAGUCCACAGGAUAGCCAUCGAAUCUGGCGGUUUAGCGGGCAGGUUGAGAGAGUAACAUGGAAUCACUUUUCACCCUGCAAUUUCUUAGCUAGCACGGAAGAUGGCUUUGUGUACUGUUUAGAUGCUCGUGCUGAUAAGCCAGUUUUUACUUUGAAGGCCCAUAAUGAAGAAGUAUCAGGGCUACAGUUAAGCAGUCAGAUCAAAGGGUGCCUUGUGACAUCAUCUGCUGAUAAAUACGUGAAAAUUUGGGAUAUACUUGGAGACAAACCCAGUCUGGUCCAUUCCAGGGAUAUGAAAAUGGGCAUCCUCUUUUGUGCAGCUUCUUGUCCAGAUCUGCCAUUUGUCUUUUCUUUCGGAGGGGAGAGAGAAGGGCUACGAGUGUGGGAUAUCAGCAGCAUCUCAGCAGUGAAUGAAGCGUUUGGAGACAGAGAGAGGCUCGUAGUUGCCAGUGCCAGCUCUGCAGCUAGCAGCUCCCUUGCCAGCAGUAGCAGCAAAAGUUCAGAAGCAGCAAUGGAAUCAUGACCAACGGAGCCUCCCAAAUAUACUAUGCAAGUGAAAGCAAUAAACCAGGGUGUACAUAGGGACUACGACGAAAUAUCUGCUCUGCACAAAGCUCGAUUCAUUUCCGUAAAUGUUUCCCAAAAGAGUGGAUGCAAUCUGCAGCGCUUUCUCUCAUGAGAGGAAAGAAUUGCCUUGUGGCUCAAAUAGGAGGCAGUCAAGAGGUUCUGCUUUUCUGCCUUUCCCAUAGACAGUGAAGGGUUAGGUCACUAACUCAUGAGAUUGCCCAUCCCUAAAAUAGUGGAGAUUUGCAUCCCAGACAUGCAAACUUUUAUUUGUAAAGUGGUAUCUCUAGCACAAAAGCAUGGUGCUCCUCUAGGGGGUACAUGGAAGUAUUGCCUUGAAGAAAGAAAUCUCUUAACUGCAUAAUGAAAAUGCUUAUCCUGAGUCGUGGGUCUUAAGAAAGGUUUUCAAAGUUCACUAAGCAGAUGUGAAAUCUCUUAAUGUUUCUCUGUUGGGGGAUUUUCAUCCCCAGGUGGGGCAACUCCAGCCAGUAAAGGGGGUUGUGAAGCUUUGAAUAUUUUCCUCUAGUGUAAAACAGGAAAUUCUGCAUUGGUGCUCUUCACACAGUUUCCCCUUUCAGAUUGUGGAAGUCACAGAUGGCAGAGAUACACCAGUAUGAACUGUAAUGCUUGUACCGAGGCAGUCAUGGAAAUUUUUGAUCAUUGAAGAAUAGGUCACCACCCUGGAAGGUUGAGAGAUGCCCCCUGAGGACAUUGGCAAAUAUACUGCCUAGUUGCUUUAAAAGGGGAGGGAAAGGUACUGUUCAGGAGUGUGCAUCAGCUGGUACAGCUCUCACAUCUGUAUGAUCCUUUAUUGAUGCAAGUGAAUUAAAUUGGCCCAAAUUUGACCCUGAAGGAAGCAGGGUUAAAGCUGCAGCGGUUUUGCUACACUUGUAUCACCACAGAAUCAUAAAGAUAUAAUUGUUGCAUCACAGCAGCUUAUGCUAUUAUUGUGUGGCAUUGAUACAGUUCUUACAUCUGUCUGUGCCCCUGUAAUGUGAAACAGUGCAGGGAUGAGCUUUUUACCCCACAGCCAUCACAGAAAGUUAUGGAGAUCCUCUUUUAAUGCGGUCUUUAUGCCACUUGCUGAGGUGUAUAAAAACAUAAUACAUCUUUCCUCAGUUAGGGGGAAUAGAAAAGUUUAUAAACAUUUUCUGCCUGGUAUGACUUGGAGAAGCAGGACUCGGUGAUCUGAAUGCCGUAUAAACUGUAGCUUGCUUGGACUGUUUAAUAAGUUUUAAAGCAACAGUCUGGCUUCAUUGUGUCUUUCUUUUUUGUUUGCUCCAUUCUUAUUUUAAAGAGACUGUACCUAUCUUUGUGCUGGCUAUAACUAGUGGGAGACUUCCACUUCAAAAGUAGAUAGGAAUCGGGAACUUGCUCCAUUGCCUUUGACCUGACAUGGCUUAGAUCUUUCCCUUGACCACAGAAGGGUGGGGCCAAUGAGUUUUUCCAAGUGACUAUAAUGUGAAAGGGGUGCUGGAGAAGUGCCUGGAAGUGCCUAACCUGUGGCCUUGCAGCCAGUGUGCUGUCAGGCAGUCAGCGAGGUUUUUUAAAUCCCCAUCUGUGGUCCUGGCCCUUGCCAGUAUAUUUGUUUUAUUUGGUGACUAUUUAAUGCAAAAUGAAGAGACCUCAUUGGAAGGAAGGCCAAAAGACAGGAUUUCCUCCGUGUGAGCACAGUGCUUAUUUUGCUAGGGCAUAGUGCUCCUCUCACCCACAGCAGCCACAAUGAUGGGUCAGGCACAGAUAACACCUGGAAUGCUUAAACAUGGUUUAAACCAGAUGUGCACAGCCUUACAAACCUGUUAAAUCAGUUCAACUCUGCCUGGAAUGGUUCAAAAAGACCUGGAAAAUCAAGUAUGACUUGGAAACCUGUUCACUGUUUUGGGUGGACACCAAGCAUCCUGUGACACUGGUCUGAUCAGCCCUCCAGGCAGCCCACAUUGCACUGCUGCUUGCUUCCCACCAGAAACACACCCCUGCACACACUGCUGCUGCAAGUGGCUGCUAUGGUACAUAUCCAGAACUCUACUACUCGCUUUUUUUCCAUUUUGUUGGAACUUUUUAACACUGAGCUCCCUUGCACUGUUUGUUCAAUAAAAGCUUUUUAACAGCA